AUGUGCGUUGGCACAGGAUCCGGUUUAUGCCGGUUAAAUGAACUAACUUCAGCUCAGCUUGGCUUCACCAGGCAAAUGGUUCAUCAUACGGCUCUACCGCAUAUUACUCUCUUACUUGCUGCCAUAUGCUAUAUUAUUGUGGGCAGUUUGUCAUUUACAGCAUUUUGUUAUAUUGACGAUCACACAGAGAUAGACGGCAGCCUGCUGGCUGAAAUGAAAGAAAAUUUAAUUGCUGAAACAAUUCGACCACGUCCAAUGAGCGAGCGAAAAGCAAACUUGGAAAAGUCGAUGGAUAAUUAUGCUUCUAAACUUCACAAAAUAUUUCAAAAAUACAUCCGCCAAUCAUUUAUGAGAAAACCAACAAUAAUAGAAAGAUUACAUGAAAAGGAGCAUGUAACUUCGAAAUUAAUGUGGAAUUUGUUCUUUGCAGCAACAGCUCUGACAUCCAUAGGGUAUGGCAGCAAUGUUUCGGACUCACAUUUUGCCCGUUUGUUUAUCAUUGUCUAUUUGUUUAUUGGUAUUCCGUUGUUUCUCAUUACACUUACUGACUUAGCCAAAUUUUUUACUGAAUUUAUCAAUCGGUCAUAUGCAGAAGUGCUGAAGUAUAAAGUUAUUACAAGUCGUAAACUUAAAAGUCGUUUCGAAGUGCCAGUCGAUGAAAUUAUUGUUUCCGGUGGCGAAGAUGAAGUAGCAGAAUUUUUAUGGGCUCAUCUGGAAAAUGCGCAUUUUGUCGAAGUACCUUUCGUUGUAAUUUAUAUUUUAUUAUUUGCAUAUGUGAUCGCUGCAAGUUACCUCAUUUCAUGGAUCGAAGGGUGGAACAUUUAUGAUGGUCUUUAUUUUAUUAUAGUCUCCAUGCUUACCAUUGGUUUCGGAGAUUUAGUACCUCGAAACCAGUCAUUCAUAUUGCUCACAUUAUUGAUUGUUUUAUUUGGAUUGAUCCUAGCUACAUCAUUUAUUGAUGUAGUGGGCACCUAUUACAUAGAUCGAUUACAUUUCUUUGGACGUAAUUUUGACCUUGAGCAUGAUUCGCUUGAAUGGCUCAAAAAAGUGAAACAACAACGUCUGAUCGCAAUGAAACGUGAAGCGAUGCGUAAAUUAUUCGAAACCGUCGCUGCUCUACAACAUAUGGAAAUCGAUUUCCGUUUACAACAAAAUCGAACCGAUAUGAGGAACGCUUUGCUGAUGAGUCCUCCUUAUCCUCCACGAAAUUUAAGAGCAAUUGACUCAACAGCAGAUUCUGUAGUGCUUACAUGGGACCCUCCAACACAUAAUCACGAAGGAAAAUGUUUCUGGUAUACGAUUGCUUAUCAAAUAAGAACACCUCGAACUCGAAAUAGUCCAGCAACAGUAAUUGAAUUUAUCAGCGACGAACACUAUGUUGUUACUGGUUUACGUUCCUUCACCCUCUAUGUAUUUUCGGUUGCGACAACAACUACAUUCGGAAGCAGCAAACCGAUCAGAUGCUAUGAAUAUACUGAACCGUGCACCGUUCCACAGUCUCUAUCACUGGAAGCAUUAAGCUGUGAAACGGCGACAUUUGUUUGGGACGCCCCACAUAAAAAUAUUGCUCCUGAAAGUUACGUACUUCUCCUCAGCCAAGAUCCGGCACCACAAUUUCCUUCUUGGCAGUCUUAUGACUGUGGCAACAACAAAUGCUUUACAGUAACCGAACUUUUACCAAAUACCAGAUAA